UUCGACAUUUUAGGGUUCUAACUAUAUAAAGCUUCUGCUUGCUCUGGCUCAGGAGCUCCUCUGCUGCAUUUAGGGUUUGUGGCUGCCGAGCUAGAGUUUUCUCCAUUUCUCGCUCUCACAGACCUCAAUCAUGGCGGAGCAGACGGAGAAGGCGUUCUUGAAGCAGCCAAAGGUGUUUCUUUGCUCGAAGAAAUCAGGAAAAGGGAAACGACCUGGAAAGGGAGGGAAUCGCUACUGGAAGAGUAUUGGAUUAGGCUUCAAGACUCCAAGAGAGGCAACUGAAGGAACCUAUAUUGACAAGAAACGUCCAUUUACUGGUGAUGUUUCUAUAAGAGGCCGUAUACUGGCUGGAACCUGCCAUAGUGCCAAGAUGAUGAGAACAAUCAUUGUUCGACGCAAUUACCUUCAUUAUGUCAAGAAAUACCAGAGAUACGAGAAGAGUCAUUCAAAUAUGCGAGCUCAUAUAUCCCCUUGCUUCCGAGUAAAAGAGGGAGACCAUGUUAUUAUUGGCCAGUGCAGACCAUUGUCAAAGACUGUAAGGUUUAAUGUACUAAAAGUGGUUCCAGCUGGUUCUUCCGGUGGUGGAAAGAAGGCAUUUACUGCAAUGUGAUUGAGUUCAGAGGCAGGAUUUUUCUUAGGAUUAAUAUUGUGCAACAAAGGACCAUGAAGUUAGAUUGAGCUCAGCUAGACAUUUGAUAUUUGCUAUUAAAAUUUGAAAAUUUAUCGACGUGGCAAUUUAUACUUUCCAUCAAAUAAUUUUAAUGUUGCCAGCUUUCAUGUGAUGCGAACCCGUCCCGUUGCCAUAGUG